AUGGCGGACGAUCUAUAUGAGAGCGACGCCGCGUCCUCGAACAUCAACCGCGCGUUCCCGACGCACCCUACGUGGGACCAGCGGCGGCAACUAGCCGUGGACAUCUCCAAUCUGGCACCGCCCGACCUUCCGGGCGUGCUGCUUCUUAUUCGCAACUAUGUCAAAGUGCUUGAGAUGCGGGAGCUAUUGCCUCACGAGCAGCGCGUGCUUCCUUGGGAGACGCAGCAGCAGCAAGAGAAGCAGACUAUCCCUAGUGGUGAAAAUUCAGAUGCCAUCCAGUUGCAGUGCGGCUUCCGUCUGGACCACGCGGACGUCGAGCUACUUCGUCAGUUACGUCAAUACGUGGACGACUGUUACGUGCCCCACUUUGUGCCAAAGGAAAAUUGCAGCAUUUGCGAGGGCCUCUGGUCCUGUGGUCGUGUUCUCUACUGUGGCAACGACGCAUGCUCAGUACGAAUUCACGAGGAAUGUUUUGGUGUAGUCAUGCGAGAGCAGGACGACGGUCCGUGGCGAUGUCCGUCGUGUCUACUGGGUAGACAGCUGAUGUGUGCGGUUUGCAUGCAAUAUGGCGGAUCGCUCAAGCCUCUGGUCAUGCCGGAGUCGGCCUCGGCUGACGAACAGAAGUGGGUGCACGUGCUGUGUGUGCUCGCCAUUCCUGAGCUAAUUAUGAGAGACGUACCCAGUAUGGAACCGGUGGACGGUUUCGAGGAGAUCGAGAACGGAAGAUUCAGAUAUCUGUGUGCUAUCUGCCGCAAACGCGGCGGUGCCUCAGUCAUCUGUGAGGCAGAAGGCUGCAAUGUGGGCGUCCAUCCGCAGUGCGCCGCCGACGCUGGACUGAUGAUUGGCAACGAAGGUAACUUGCUCGGUGUGUACUGCGACAAGCACUUGCCUACUUCGCGUAUACCUGGAGCGAAGCGCUGGAUCAGUGAUGAGGAUUUGGUGGAGGAAAUUAUGAGUGAGUACUCGAUCGACGAGGACUUUGACGAUCUUGACACACCUCACUACACUGACGCCGAACGCUACGCUUUCGUGCUCGAGUCGACGCCGUACCUACACUGCCAGCAGCAAUUGCUAGGCGAUACUGCUACACUUCACUUCGGACCGGCAUCCUUUUCUGCUGCUCCCACUGCUCCAAGAGAUAUUGAUCGCAAGACGUUCAUGGAAGCCAAGAUUACUGCAAACGCGUAUGCCCCGCCUGCGAUGGUGGUUCAAAGUAUGAGCACACAGAGACCGAUUAUUUUUCCGGCGGUAAUACCGUCUUCUCGGGAGGAGCGAUUGGGUCUGCCUGAGUUUCCGAAGGGAAGACAAAUGGUUGGUGGUAUUGUGGACUAUUUGGCCAAGGCACAGGAAGUGUGGCAACGUGCUCGUGUGGUGCAGUGGGACAAGGACAAGAAGUUGCAUCUCGUUCACAUCGUCACAUCUGAUCAGAUAGUGUGGACCAAACUGGACGUGGACAAUACGCUGAUUUUGUAUCUUCCGGACGAAGAGAGUAUCAUUGAUGGACCGAUCGUGAAGCUCAUCCGUCCGGUAACCCAGGGCGCCGUGCAUUGGCGCCCAAAGCCGCGUCUGUUUGCACCAGCGUCAUGA